GCAGACACAUUGCCCGCUCCGCUGAGGUUGGCGUUGGCAGCGUGCUGCAGCUCGGUCCGUCGCCGGGCCAAGGGGGACUACACGAGCGACACCUGAGGGCGGAAGAUGUCUGAGCCCGAGAGCAGGGUGCACUCCAAGCGGGCCGGGAUCCGGGCUGCCGUUGUUCUGAUCGGACUCUUGCACAAGUCCCGGCGGCAGAAGGAGAAAGAGCAGGAGACGGAGAUGGAGCGGAAGCAGGAGGUACCGAGUGUCUCCAGCAUGCCCCUGGGGGAGGGACCCCCUUCGCCCCCACGCACUGCCCCACCCACCAUGAAGUCGGCAGAGUUCUUCGAAAUGCUGGAGAAGAUGCAGGUCCCUAAAGCAGAGGAGGCAAAAGCAUGCUCCCAGAAGCACAAGGAUGACUAUAUCCCCUAUCCACGGAUCGACGAGAUCCUUGAGAAAGGAAGCCCAUACCCCCAAGUGAUCCUGCCCCAGUUUGGGGGGUACUGGAUCGAGGAUGUGGAGGCUCCCGCUGGCACGCCAACCUCCUCCAACAGCAGCCUCUGUGACGAGGAUGAUGAUGGAGGGAUGAGCCCUGGGGGGGCUUUUGGGUUCCGGCUGGAAUGCAACAGCACAGCGCGAGCCUAUCGCAAGCACUUCCUGGGCAGGGAACACCUGAAUUUCUAUUGCACAGCCAGCAGUCUGGGGAAUCUCAUCAUGUCCCUCAAGCACGAGGAGGAAGAGGGCCAGGAAUAUCUACGCAUCAUGCUCAGGUCUCGUGCAAAGACACUCCAUGACAGGAUCUCCCUGGCAGGAAUAACCCAGUUGCCCAGUGUGCCCCAGAUAGCCAAGCUUUUCUGUGAUGAUGUCACCGGUCUGAAGUUUAACCCUGUUCUGUACCCCAGAGGAUCCCAGCUGAUAGUUGGCUAUGAUGAACAUGAGGUUAACAAUACCUUCAAGUUCGGAGUUAUUUAUCAGAAGUUUGGCCAGACCACUGAGGAGGAGCUCUUUGGGAACAAUGUGGAGACACCAGCUUUCAAGGAGUUCCUCAGUGUGCUGGGUGACUGUGUUGACCUGCAAGAUUUCAAGGGGUUCCGGGGAGGUCUCGAUGUGUCUCACGGUCAGACGGGUACACAGUCGGUCUACACUGUCUUCCGUCAAAGGGAAAUCAUGUUCCAUGUCUCUACAAAACUGCCAUACACAGAUGGGGACGCACAGCAGCUACAAAGAAAACGACAUAUUGGCAACGACAUUGUGGCAGCCAUCUUCCAGGAGGAGGCCACGCCCUUUGUGCCUGACAUGAUUGCCUCCAACUUCCUCCAUGCCUACGUUGUGGUCCAGGUGGAGAAUCCUGGCACGGACCACACUACAUAUAAGGUAUCUGUCACGGCCCGGGAGGAUGUCCCAUCCUUUGGCCCACCCCUCCCAAAUCCAGCAGUCUUCAAGAAGGGUCCAGAGUUUCGGGAGUUCUUGCUGACCAAGCUGAUUAAUGCAGAGAACGCCUGCUACAAGUCCGACAAGUUCGCCAAGCUGGAGGAGCGAACACGGGCUGCUCUCUUGGACAAUCUUCAUGAUGAGCUGCACCGCCACACACAAGCCAUCCUGGGCCAGGGAGCAGGGCUGGGCCUGGGGAUAGGUUCAGAGGAGGACAAGCUGGAAAAUGGAGGCCAUGGAGGCCUGCUGGAGUCCUUCAAGCGAGCCAUGCGUGUGCGGAGUCACUCCAUGGAGACCAUGGUUGGGGCACAUCGCCACCGUCCCAACCCUGCAGGUGGAGUCCUGGCUAGCCCAAGUGGUGGGAACCUGCCACAGAACAAUGUGGAGUGCACCAAAAGCACGUUCACGCCACCAGCUCUGUCAGCCAAGUCUCCGCUGAAGAGUCCGGUGAAACGACGAUCAGGACUCUUCCCUCGCUUACACUCCAACACGGAAAGCCAGACAGAAAAACACACCCGCAGUGACCAGAAGAACUCAGAUGGCUGGCACCUGUCACAGGAGGUGAGGUCUGAUACACUGUCCAAUCCCAGCUCUCCUGAAAUCUGCCCAAAUAAGGAAAGGCCACUGCUCAAGCUGAAGGACUGCGGUGGCCGGACCAACAUCUCCCGCUCCUCUUCCUCCACCAGCAGCUUCAGCAGCACGGCAGGGGAAGGAGAGGUGCUGGAUGAGCUGGAUAGUGCCAGUGCUGCAAGCAGCCAACCUUCCACAGCCUCCUCGUGUGUGUACAGCCCCUCCCUUAAUGUGGACAACCUGGGAACACCCAUCAUCAUGUGCCGCAGCCCCACAGAUGUGAAAACUAAGACAUCUCCAAGGUCCAACCUGAAGUUCCGUUUUGACAAGCUGAACCACUCUGCCGCAGGACACUAGGAGACUUGUGUACAGCAGAAGGUGCAGCUGAGCAGCUGUAUGAAAGAAGGGUGAUUCCAUGGUAGGACAGACCUUCGGAGAGGGUUACUUGUGGCAGGAGAAGAGACAACAACCAUCAAGAUUGAGUUCACACUGUGGCUAUAACCAUUCCACUGUCAACUAUAGAAAAAGAGAGAUUAGGGUCCAAAACAGAAAACAGUUAAAAAAUGAGCUGAAAGGGGAGAAAGACACUGUCUUCUUUCUACUGAAGAACAGAGCAAAGGAUCAGUUCUGUUGCCCUUUGAAAUUAAGGCCAAUUAGUUAUUAAUUGCCAAAAAAGUACUUUGAGUAUAAAGAUAGUGCUUAGACACUCUUUGAGCAAUGAGAAAACAUUAUAAGCAGGUCAAAACUGAUAUAUUUUGAUCUUGUCAACAUAGGCUCGAGCAGAUUGCGACCGUUAAAAGCUAUCUGUUUUUCUGUUACCUCAAUCUCAAUUAGAUGCCAUCAGUUUUUACUUGUAGCAGUUUCAAUUAUCCACAGCAACUUAGGUAAUCAUUGUGUAAAACACUGCUUUGCCCAGACUGUCAGUCUACAAAGCCAUAACACUUAAGAAAUGACAAGCACUGAAUAGCAGCAUUACCAGGGCAGAUCAGAGUGAUGGAAAUGCAGUAUACAGAUGUCCCACUCAGAAUAUGUGCUUGUUCCUUGUGCCUCACGUGAGACUUCCAAAAUCUGACCUCUACCCGAUGACACCAAACUAGCAAGAGAAGUACAAGACUAUAUUCUGACUGAGCUCUGUCUGCUCUACUGACUCUCUUGUGGUUAUGUGUUGUGGUUAUGAAAAUACUGUGCGGAAGAGGCAGAACCAUUACUAUCUAAGGCAGGCACUGAACGGAGUUGCUGGCGGCUGUGUGUAAAGGUAGCUUGCGGCUUGCUUAACAGGGAUCACUCAGAACACCAAACUGCAGCAAGAUGACCCCUCUGGGUACAGUCCAGUCAUCCCUGGACGGGUCAAUCUCUUUUUGUGGCUUCAUUCACUGUAAAAUGUUUAGUGGUGUCAUGCAGUGUUGGUGCUCCAACUUUCCCAACACUCUCUACUAAUGAACGGCACCGCCCAAUUUACACUCAUUGGAAGGUGUUUCUUCUCAGGAAGGUUACUUUACACCCCGUGGCUUUAAUUCUAACAGUUAUAAAAACCAUUGUGUUUAUCCAAUCAGUUUGCAGAGAAAAUUUCUGCAAGGUGCCACUCAGAUAGCUGUAAAUUAAAUUAUUUGCACUUUUCUCUGCCCCUGCUGCCACUGACACUGCUGCAGGCUGGUGACAAUUGCGCUCAACUUCACACCGCAGAGCGGUGCGGCUCUGAGAUUUCUGACCGCUCAUUUACGGGUCCAUGGUAGCACGAAACCACUUGUGCCACAGCAUUUCACACCAUCUUAACAAAAAUUUAGUUAACAUAAUUCAAAAUGAAUGAGGCGGACUUAUGUCUGACUUAUUGUAACGAAUCUGCCAAUCAUUUUGGUGACCCUCCUUAAUUUAAGGCUUAAAGUCUUGCUGGGCAUCAACAAAGCCUUUGGAGUUAACACCUUAAAAGUCUUAAGCACAAGUAAAAGUUAGGCUUAAAGACAGUUGAAAAUCAUUUUUACUUUGUGUGUUACACGUCCUUAGAUAUAUCCAACAACGUUUGAGUAAGUGAUCAAAAUGUUUCAUAUAGAAAUUACAAGCUUUUGUUUAAAGCACAUAUAUGGACAUAAACACAUCAGGCCACUAUUUAUGAUCUGUACAUUUGUAAUCUUUUACGCUGAAGUACAGUAUCAAGGUACAGGUCUCAAAGGACAUUCCCACUCUGUCUGCUGAUGGCAUGCAGAGAUGCACAAAGCCCAGAGGUUCUGCAGAAUGUAAACAAAAGAAGGAACGGUUUCACCUCCCUUACAUUUUAGAGGGCAGGCUUUUUGCCUACAUGCUGUAUAAAUAAGUUAUUUAUUGCUCUUUUAACA